ACCUUUACGUCUGCCCUCUCCCUCCCUAGGUGGGCCAUGGCCAGUGCAGAGUCAUUGCUGUUGACAUCCCCAGGCCCCAGCCCAGGUCCUGGCCACAGUGAAGUAGAGCUGGACUGCUGGUUUAACGAGGAUUUCAAGUUCAUCCUGCUGCCUGUGAGCUAUACAAUUGUCUUCGUGUUGGGUCUGGGACUCAAUGCCCUGACCCUCUGGCUCUUUCUCUUUCGGCUCAGACCCUGGAAUGCAAUGGCCACCUAUAUGUUCCACUUAGCAUUGUCAGAUACUUUGUAUGUGCUGUCAUUGCCCACCCUCAUCUAUUACUAUGCUGCCCGCAACCACUGGCCCUUUGGCACUGGAUUCUGCAAGUUUGUCCGCUUUCUCUUCUAUUGGAACCUUUACUGCAGUGUCCUUUUCCUCACCUGCAUCAGUGUGCACCGCUACCUGGGCAUCUGCCACCCACUGUGGGCACUACGCUGGGGCCGUUCUGGCCAUGCAAGCCUUCUCUGCCUGACAGUUUGGUUGGUUGUAGCCAGCUGCCUCGUGCCCAACCUGUUCUUUGUCACAACCAGCACCAAAGGGGCCACUAUCCUAUGCCAUGACACCACUCGACCUGAGGAGUUUGACCACUAUGUGCAUUUCAGCUCGGCAGUCAUGGGGCUGCUCUUUGGGGUGCCCUGCAUGAUCACCCUUGUCUGCUAUGGGCUCAUGGCCUGGCGCCUGUAUCGGCCUUUACCAGGUGCUGCCCAGUCAUCUUCUCGUCUCCGUUCUCUCCGUACCAUCGCGAUAGUGCUGACUGUUUUUGCCGUCUGCUUCGUGCCUUUCCACAUUACUCGCACCAUUUAUUACCUGGCUAGAUUGUUGGAAGCUGACUGCUGGGUGCUGAACAUUGUCAAUGUCGUCUAUAAAGUGACUCGCCCCCUGGCCAGUGCCAACAGCUGCCUAGAUCCUGUGCUCUACUUGCUCACUGGGGACAAGUAUCGACGUCAGCUCAAACAGCUCUGCAGAAGAGGCAGGACCCAGCCUCUCACAGCUGCCUCCUCCUUGGCGCUGGUGUCCUUGCCUGAGGACAGCAGCUGUAGAUGGGCAGCCACAUGCCUGGACAGUAGCUGCCGUCACCCUAGGGCAGAUAGGUUGCAACGCUGAAAGCUGGGAAGUGAGGGAAAAAGGGGUGAGUGCAGGGCAGAGGUAA